UUUAAAAACACUAUAUACCUGCAUUUACAAAUGUUUUCAAUUGUAUUUAUUUGGUAUUCAUACUUUAGUACAUACACCAUAUUUGCAUGCUUUAUUUUUUACAUUAGAUAAGAAGUUGUAGCCCCCUGGCCUCUGUCCAGGGUUCUAACAGAUUCAGCGCCAUGGACAGAUCUAUAAGUCGGCAAAAACAUUGCAACUAUACGUAAAAUGUCCCACCUUCAACUUGCAAAAAACAGUCAAACAAGAUUUAACUUUAGAGAAAAAGAUAAACAAGACAUCCCUUUACUGUAAACAGCACAGUUUGACAGACAACUACAGUGAGAGUAAACCAGUGUCACCACCAAGCGGUGUGCAUGGGGAACGGCAGGGAUCUCUCCAGAGUCCUCAUCCUCCCCCCUGCUGCGCUCGGUGGAGAGGAGUAGUGUACAUGCUCGGUGGCGGAGAUAGUCAUAUAGCUGAGGUGAUCUGACACACCGAGGGGCUGCAGUCAAUGAGGGGGAUAACCAAAAAGUGAUCCGGUGUGUGCGGAAAAAGUCCCUUGAUACGCGAGGGUGGCGAGGAGGGACGAAGAGGAAAAUAAGAGAUUAAUCCCUCCCUGCUCUGACAAGGAAGAUAGACUGCCCAUUGCAUCGCAAAGAUGGGGAACCAGGGGAUGGAGGAUUUGAUUCCUCUGGUGAACCGCAUGCAGGAUGCCUUCUCCUCCAUCGGGCAGAACGCGGACCUGGACCUGCCGCAGAUCGCUGUGGUGGGCGGCCAGAGUGCAGGGAAGAGCUCGGUGCUGGAGAACUUCGUCGGGAGGGAUUUCCUCCCCCGUGGUUCUGGCAUUGUGACUCGUCGUCCUUUAGUUCUGCAGCUCAUGACCUCCCCCACAGAAUAUGCUGAGUUCCUCCACUGUAAGGGCAAAAAGUUCACAGACUUUGACGAGGUGCGGCAGGAGAUCGAGGCAGAGACUGACCGCAUAACAGGGGCCAACAAGGGCAUCUCCCCGGUGCCCAUCAACCUGCGGGUCUACUCCCCUCAUGUGCUGAACCUGACCCUGGUGGACCUGCCGGGGAUGACCAAAGUGCCGGUGGGCGACCAACCUGCAGACAUCGAGGCGCAGAUCAGAGAGAUGCUGAUGCAGUUUGUCACCAAGGACAACUGCCUGAUGCUGGCCGUCUCCCCGGCAAACUCUGAUCUGGCCAAUUCUGACGCUUUAAAGAUUGCCAAAGAGGUCGACCCUCAGGGUAUGAGGACCAUUGGUGUGAUCACAAAGCUGGACCUGAUGGACGAGGGGACAGACGCAAAGGAAAUCCUGGAAAAUAAGCAUCUCCCACUCAGGAGGGGUUACAUUGGGGUGGUGAACAGGAGCCAAAAAGACAUAGACGGUAAGAAGGACAUCAAUGCUGCUAUGGCCGCUGAGAGGAAGUUCUUUCUCUCCCACCCCGGAUACAGACACCUGGCCGACCGCAUGGGAACACCCUUCCUGCAGAAGACCCUCAAUCAGCAACUGACCAACCACAUCCGGGACACCCUGCCGGCCCUGAGGGCCAAACUGCAGAGUCAGCUGCUGUCCAUAGAGAAGGAGGUGGAGGAGUACAAGAACUUCAGACCUGACGACCCGUCCCGCAAGACCAAGGCUCUGCUGCAGAUGGUGCAGCAGUUCUCUGUUGACUUUGAUAAAUGUAUCGAGGGCUCCGGGGACCAGAUCGACACCGCGGAGCUGUCAGGAGGCGCCAGGAUCAAUCGCAUCUUCCACGAACGCUUCCCCUUCGAACUGGUUAAGAUGGAGUUUGAUGAGAAAGAGCUUCGCAAGGAGAUCAGCUACGCCAUCAAGAACAUUCAUGGAAUCAGAACUGGCCUCUUCACCCCGGACAUGGCCUUUGAGACCAUUGUGAAAAGGCAGAUUGGGAAGAUUAAAGAGCCUUGCACCAAAUGUGUGGACAUGGUCAUUUCUGAGCUAGUCAAUACGGUUAGGCAGUGUACCAAGAAGCUGGCUCAGUAUCCCAUGUUGAGAGAGGAGAUGGAGAGAAUCGUAACCCAGCACAUCAGGGACAGAGAAAGCCGCACUAAGACCCAGGUGCUGCUGUUGAUAGACAUUGAGUUGUCGUACAUGAACACCAAUCACGAGGACUUCAUCGGAUUUGCAAAUGCUCAGCAGAGGAUCAACCAAAUCAACAAGAAGAAGGCCGCUGGUAACCAGGAUGAGAUCAUGGUGAUCAGGAAGGGUUGGCUGACCAUCAACAACAUUGGGAUCAUGAAGGGAGGAGCCAAGGAGUACUGGUUCGUCCUCACUGCAGAGUCCAUGUCCUGGUACAAAGACGAUGAGGAGAAGGAGAAGAAGUACAUGCUACAGGUGGACAACCUGAAGCUGCGCGAGGUGGAGAAAGGCUUCAUGUCCAGCAAGCACAUCUUCGCCCUCUUCAACAGCGAACAGAGGAACGUUUAUAAGGACUACCGUCAGCUGGAGCUGGCCUGUGAGACGCAGGAAGACAUCGAUGCCUGGAAGGCCUCCUUCCUCAGAGCCGGAGUUUAUCCUGAACGGAUCACGAGCGAGGGCAGUGAUGAAAACGGCUCCGAUAACAUAAUGCACAACAUGGACCCUCAGCUGGAGCGGCAGGUGGAGACCAUCCGUAACCUGGUUGACUCCUACAUGGCCAUCGUCAACAAGACCGUCCGUGACUUAAUGCCGAAGACCAUCAUGCACCUCAUGAUAAACAAUACUAAAGAGUUCAUCAACGCAGACCUUCUGGCCCAGCUGUAUUCGUGCGGGGACCAGGGCUCGCUGAUGGAGGAGUCUCAGGAGCAGGCCCACCACCGGGACGAGAUGCUCCGGAUGUACCACGCCCUGCGGGAGGCCCUCAGCAUCAUCGGUGACAUCAGCACGACCACUGUCACCACCAGCAUGCCGCCUCCCGUGGACGACUCCUGGCUGCAGGUGCAACGGGCCAACAUGGGAGGAAGGUCUCCAGCCACCAGUCCCACUCCAAACCGCAGAGCUCCACCAGGACCUCCGGCCCGCCCGGGCUCUCGGGGGCCUCCACCUGGGCCUCCACCCGCUGGGGGCCCCCCUGUCCCGUCCCGCCCAGGGUCUUCCCCGGACCCUUUCAGCGGGCCACCACCCACUGUGCCCUCUCGGCCUAACCGUGCACCCCCAAGUGUGCCUAGAAUCACGAUCACUGACAAAUGAGGAGUCUCUGUCGGAGACCCCCCCCUUCUCCAACCCACUAGACCUCUGAGCUCCUCCCUCUCCCCGCCCGUCCUCUGUCCCACCUCUGGAUGAGAAGCCGUGGACAGCAGCGCCACCUUCCUGUUGUUUUCCUUCCACACCCGACCUGAGCCGGCUCCCUUCUCCUGCUCCCUUUCCUGCAAACACACACAUGCACGCAAACAAACACACACACCUUCUGUCUCACACAGAGUUGCAGAAUACUUGAAACACACUUGCAUGACUGACAUACGACCAUGCUGCACCCUCAGAAUUUAAACAAUGUAAAGAAUAUACAAUAAUUUAUACAUUGUACAGUGUAUGCACAUGUGCAUGCACACUGCCUAUAUAAAUAUCCAAAAAUAUACAGUAUAUAUUUACAUCCUGCUAUUAAACCUAAGGUGGAAGACAUUUGAGACUUAGCAUGCCUGAGUAUUACAUUAUACUCCAGCAUUUCUGAUGGGGAACCUGGCUGCUGACUGACUUCACUUUUCCUCUUUAAACAUUUGUCUUAUGUGUUUUUUCCCCUGACUUCUUCGCCAAAAAUCCUUGCGUACUAACUCACCUUAUAUUGCCGAUCAUGCUUGAAUAAAAAAGUGUUUAAUCAGACGUCUUCAAAGCUGGGUAAAAAAAAUAUGAUAGCUACUGUAAAAUAAACUGACACCAAAUGGCAAAUCAAGAUCAGAAUGUCCUGAGCAAAUUCUUCAGUGCAGUUAUCUUUGACAAUACAUGUUUUUAUGAAGAAUUAAUCAGCUGGAAACUAAAUACUUUGUUUUGUUAAAACUUCACUGAAGUUCUGCUCUCUGUUAAGUCAUGUGUAGCUUAUUUUCCUCCCCUCCUUCAUCCCUUUGGCUCCUCUUCUUUUAAUCUCUCCCUGAUAUCCACUGAUCAAGUAUGGAACAGACUCACUAUCACUCACUCAUAUUACACAAGGAAGAAAGGAUUGAAUAAAAUAAAGGGGGAAAGGAUUCCCUUCAGACUCCAUGACUUCAGAUACCUGCACAGACAGGAGCUGAUGCUCUUCAUCCUUUUGUCCCUCCUUCUUCUUUUCUCCCCUUGCGCUAGUAAAGGGAUGAUCUGAAGGACCUGUAGUAGACUCCCGUAAGCCAAUUCACAUGGCUGUGUCACAACCACCUCUUAAAAACACUGUCGUCUGUGCCUCCACAGAACCUAUGCAACAAUGAAAAUCUUUUUUAUUGGCAUAAAGAGGGGCCUCCCAUGGCUCUUUUUCACCGUUUCCUCCUCUUCUCUUCACAAACACUUUUUCAUUGCGUUAACUUAUUGAGGCGGGAUCUAAAUAGAAAGUGCAAUAUAUGGAAUAUUCUUCUGCAUACAGCUGCAUGCCACUGUAACACAACAAUCAGUACAUUUUAAUCUGAGAGGAAGGGAAUCUGUGGCCUGGGUCGCACCCUGAGACUGUAGAGAGCUCCGGAUACAUCCUUUUUAAUCAGAGGGAAUGAGGUCCCUAAUGGGAAAGGUUUCAAAUAUUUUGAGUGUUUCUAAGUCAAUUGCAUCACAUAAUGCAUCAAACCCUCUGAUACUGACAGGAAUACUUUUGCAUUUUAUCUUCAUGAUCGGCUAUUUAUUUUCUUUUUUUUUCUCUUUUCUUUUCUUUCUUCCUUCUCUCAGUGGUCACGGGGGUGAGUGAGAUCAUGAAAACAGCUACAGUCUAUGCAUUAAACUAUCCUCCUGUUUCACCCUCGCAUUGCUGUCUGAGAACGUGUGUGUUCAACUCACCUUUUCACCAGUUUUGCACUUGAACUCUGCUGUCAGUGUGAUGUUGUUUUUCUGACCCCAAGCAAGAAAUACCAACCCACCGGCCUCAAAAACCGAGCUCUGUACCUAACUGAUCUUUAAAAACCACUUCAAUGAUCCCUUGCAACAGAAACACAAAAAAGCAUAUUAUAGUUAUUAUUUAACAGUAGAUAGUUUAACUUGGACAUAUCUUAUUGUGUUAUUAUGUAUAUGUGUGGUGCAUCUUAUGAGACUUGUACUAUACCAAUGUCUAGAGAAUGUAGUCUGCUGAAUAUUUAAAUUAAAUGUGUAUGUGUAUAAGGAAAUGAUAUUGGAAAAACGUAUACAAAUGUGUAAUGCGGUCAUAUAUGAGGACAUUAGCAGGUUUCAAACUUAAGAUAGUAACAGAGAGGUAUUUUUUUGUUUCUUGUUUCUCUCUGUGUGUAGAAGAGCAGAAAGAGAGAGUAUGCAUUUUUGAACUGCAGAAAUCAGCAGGUCCUGCAUAUGUUUAAACUGCUGUGGAUGAAAUGAUGACUUUAAACGGCCUACAGGAUUGCUUUGUCAACCCAUUAAAAACCUCAGUGUACUGAA